GUCUGAGAUCUCUCUUAUCAUACACAAGCACGCGCGCACACACACACACAGAUCAAGCACACACUCACACAAACACACAAAUCAAGCACACACUCACAUACAAAUAGAUUCAAAUGGAGCGUUCAAUGCGUCUUGUUUCAGUUACCAUCGUCCUUGUCCUACUUUUCUCCGCUACUGAGAUGGGGCCAAUGGGUGUUGAGGCAAGGAGCAAGUCAGGCAAGGCAGUUAAGGAAAGGACCUGCGAGGCUGCAAGCGGCAAGUUCAAGGGGAUGUGCUUUUCGUCUACCAACUGUAAAAACACCUGCAAAACGGAGAAAUUCAUUGGAGGCGAAUGUCAGGGCUUCCGUCGUAGAUGCAUAUGCAAUAAAAAGUGCUAAUUGAUUUGGUAAAAAGAAAUGUAAUUUGUGUGGGGAUUGUGCUUGUGUAAUGAAAUUGAUUGAUAUGACCCUAUAUCCACAGGGUUGCUUUUGCUAAUAAAUUGAAUGACCCUCCAAGGAUCAUUAUUCUUA